AUGAAGGAUGCUCUGGGUCUUACAGAGAUUUCUAGCUGUUUAAAGUUUGAUUUUCUGAUGCCUUUUCUUGUGUUGUAUUCAAUUAUUACUUCAACUUCAUUUUCAAUUCUCUUCAAUUCGUUUCAUCAUUUAAUGGUCAGUCACUUCUUCUCUUCAUUUCAAAAGAAAAAUUCACAUAAAGGAAAUAAGCAACUCACUAAGCUUGAAGACGAUCAACAUUACUUAAAUAAGGAAACACCGCAUACGAACAUGUUUCAGAAUAUUCCUUCGGCAUCUGUCAAAAUAUUACAGUCAGAAUAUACAAAAUAA